ACCGGGAGCUUCACCGGAGAGCCGACAGCGUUAACCGGAGAUUCAUAAACGUUACAGUUCAUGAGUGUGUGUUUGUGGAUAAUGCUGGAUAUUAAAACCUGAUGAAGUUCACCAGAGAUAUCUGCAGGCUGCUGGGUUUGGGAGGCGAUGGAGCGGGAGAGGAGGAUAUGGACAUUCAGAACGGAGACCCUGAACCUUCAGACAGGAGAAAAGACCAAGAUUUAUCACAGGCCAUGCUGAGUGGUGAGGAUGGUUUGGAUGACGAGAAGAAGACGAAACGGAGAGCAGAGAGGAGGAGAGCCAAAAGGAAAAGACAGAAAGAACGCAAGAAACUGGAGAAAGAGGAGAGGAUGGAGGAUUUAUCAGAGCAGGGAGAGGAAGUGCCUGGAGCCGUGACGGACAGCGACAGCGAGGAGGAAAUGAAAGUGGAGGAGGAAUGGACUGCGGUUCGCCCCAAAAACAAAUGCAGCCCUGAGUCAGUCCCUGCCUUCAUCGCUACGGAGAACAAGAGCAACCACCAGCCGCCCAUCAGGACCACAGAGGAGGAGCCGGAGUGGGACGUCAGCAGUGCAUUUGUGGCCAACGCUGCCAGUCACAUCAAACUGAAAGGCCUGAAGACCCGAGCGCUGCUGAUCUCCAGAGAGAACAAGGAGAACGAGGCCAGGAGCAGCCAGGUGGAGAACAAUGACGAGAUGAAGAGGAGGGGGGAGUCUCUGGCAGUGCAGGGCAUUCAACUGUUUCAGCAAGGCAGGUACAGCCAGGCAGUGGACGUGUUUACAGAAGCCAUCUACUGUGACCCAAAAAAUCACAGGUUUUACGGCAAUCGCUCCAGCUGUUAUUGCCAAAUGGAGCAGUACUCUUCCGCACUAUCGGACGCUCAGAAGGCCAUUCAGCUGGCUCCCGAUUGGCCGAUGGGAUAUUGCUAUAAGGCUUCUGCUCUGAUGUGGUUAAAGCGGUACAUGGAGGUAGAGAAGGUCAUGGAGGAGGUGUUGAAGUUGGAUCAGCACUGUAAAGAAGCGUCCAACAUACUCUCAGAGUGCCGGAUCCUGCAGCUUAUGGAGUUGGGUUUUGAAGAAGAGCAGAGUAAACUGCUAUUAGAGAAGUUCACAACUGUUCAGGCGAUCCUCACCUCACCCGAUGCCAAAGCACUGAAGCAAACACCUGAGCAGGACCUGAGUGGGAGCUGUCGUUCUCUGUGGGUUGGAAACAUUACACUGGAAGUGUCAGAGAAAAACCUCUUGGAUCUUUUCAAAAUGUACGGUGAGAUCGAGAGCAUCAGAGUUCUUCACGAGCGCUUCUGUGCCUUCAUCAACUUCAAGAAUGCCAACAUGGCUGCCAAGGCCCUGGAGAGGCUACAGGGGGUGGAGCUGGGGGGCAAUAGGCUGGUGAUGAGGUACCCUGACCGGUGGAUCCAGCGGACCACGCCCUUGGUACAAAGGACCACUGCUGGCCUG